AUGAAGAGCAUAGGAGAUGCUGACCAAGACUACACGCUCAUUAAGGAUGUUGAACGCAGAAAAGAUUACGGUCUAGCAUCGUCAGGCCAAGCACAUGCUCGCUCAGGCAGCAUCGUCGAAGGAAAAGAACACGCCCGUCGGCAACAGCGACAGCCUACAACAUCAUCAGUCUCAGGAGUCCCUUCUGCCACUCCGUCAGGAUUUCUUGUAGAGGGAUUCCAUACCGUCACGACCAAAAUAAGCCCGCCUCCCGCCUCCGAGAUAGCUCCCGGCGUGGCUACCUCAGCGUCCCCUGUGAUUCAUCUCAUCACGACGACGGAAACCUCGAAGCCCCUUCGCCACAGAACUGGAGGCAAAAGCUCAGUACCCGUUAGCACAAAGGUCACCAUCGGGGUGUCCGUCAUGGUCGGGAUCCUGGCCGUCCUUGCCUUGAUUGCAUGGCAUUUGAGGCUGAAGGCGCGGUUACGCAACAAGAAGCGCAUCAGUCGCCCCAUCAAGCCCAGCAGCCUUCCUCCUACGCCGCUCAUUUCGCCGUCGAGCUCGUAUGCUGGACCGCCGAGUGGUCCGUUGACGCCGCCUCCGCGACUACAAGAGCGGCGCUUCUUGCUGACCAGAGCUCUGAGCCUUCGACGCAACAACCAACGCCGUCAGUACAAUGACGAGGACUCGCAGGAAUGGGUUGGUGUACCACUGUCGCCCAUGCCACCGCUGUCACCCCUAUCACCUCUCUCCAUCCCUAGAACUAGAUGGAACUCGGAAGAGUCUGAGCACGGCGGCAUAACGGCAACAACGACAAUCUCGCAAAUAACACAAGUCAACAGGCCCCCUAGGGACGACGUUGCCCCAGCCGCGAGCGUUUCGAGCAUCUUCAGCAGCGCAAGCACCCUGCGGGCCACGUCCAACACAUCUACUGACUCGGCACAGAUCAGAUACAGCGGUGCCACCGCCACUGAUCUCCCCAGGCCGCCGCCACGAGUAUAUGAAACACCGCCGAUGAUUCGUGGUCUGGCCAGUCCUGGGCCACCGCCUACACGUGCGCUUCCAAGUCUUCCUGCCGACGGCCGGGUGAGCCCUUUCAAAUCGCCCCUGGCCACGCCCGGGAGCCGGCGAGGAUCCCCGAGUUUCCCGACUAUGACUAGCCCAUCUAUUCGUACGAGUGAGGAAAACAACGGCUCUCAGAGGCCAGGGGAGGAGAGUGGCCAAGGUGGUGCUGGGAGGUCCGUGGAUGUGCCAGUACAGUCUCCGAGGAGGGUGAGGCAUGUGAGGAGCCCACUUGGCUUGAAUAGCAUGAUGAAGGAGUGA